UUGCAGAAGCCUGCCGGAAUCAGUUUAAACCAGUAUGGCUACGGAGUGACGGAUCUGUCGGUCUUAUCUCUUUCCUGACAUAAAUAUAUACUUUAAAACAAUAAUAUAAAGAUAUGGGGUUAUCGCAAAGCUCGGAUGUGCCUGAGGGAGGAACAGAAGGCUAUCACGUACAUGGGGUUCAGGAAAAUUCGCCAUCAGAGAAAGCAGGGCUGGAACCGUUUUUUGAUUUUAUCGUUUCAAUAGGAAAUACAAGACUGAACAAGGAGAAUGACAUGUUGAAAGAUCUGCUGAAAGCAAACGUUGAAAAGCCAGUGAAGCUUGAAGUGUUCAGCAUUAAAGCCAUGAAAAUGCGAGAGAUCGAAGUUGUUCCCAGUAACAUGUGGGGUGGACAGGGACUGCUCGGGGCCAGUGUCAGGUUUUGCAGCUUCCAAGGAGCUAAUGAAAAUGUUUGGCAUGUUCUGGAUAUUGAACCUAAUUCACCGGCAGCACUGGCUGGUCUCAGAGCACAUACAGACUUCAUAGUUGGAGCGGACCAAGUCUUACAGGAUUCAGAAGAUUUCUUUUCUCUGAUCGAGUCCCACGAGGGAAAGCCCCUGAAGCUGCUGGCUUACAACACCGAGACUGACAGGUGCAGAGAGGUGGUGGUCAUCCCCAAUGGAGCCUGGGGUGGAGAAGGAAGUCUAGGCUGUGGUAUAGGUUAUGGUUACCUGCAUCGGAUCCCUUGUCAUCUUGUCGUGCCAAAGAAAACUGACAUUAUGCAACCAUCUCCACUGCCCGAAAAAAAUCCCACUUCAGAAGUACCAAGUAACGGCUACACUGAGGUUCCACUAGUGGCUCCUUCAGUUCAGGACAACACUGAGGAGGCCCAGAGCCUGGGUCAGCAGGCCUUCGGCCGACCUAUAGAGGACUCUCCACUGCCUCCCCCUAUUCAGCGGGUCAUGGAUCCAGGUUUUACAAAUCUGCCUGAAGCCUCUGUAUCGGAGCUCACAGAUCUGAGCCAGAUACUGGAUUUGUCUCUCCCUGUCAUUGAUGCUUCAAAGACUUCCCUGUUAACGGAGUAUACAGCAACCGUUCAUAAUGAAAUUGCACCUGGUCUUGUUUCUGAGUUGCUGCCUUCACCUGUAGAAGUGUUGGAAUCGGACCAGGAACCUAGCUGGGAUUCCUCUUCUCUUCAGCCACCUGACUCGUUCACAGGGGACACUGUAACCGCUGAGGUUACAGAUGGGAUCUCUGAAUUUAGUAGUGCUGACGAAGAUAAGCAGAUUGCCUCCGAGUCUGAUUUGUAUGUUAUCAAGAGCACCAGCAAAGGAAUCAUCCCUCUUUGAUCUGAUGUUGCUCAGCCCAUGAAGUCUAAGAAGGGGUACUGCAUUACAAACUAAUUAUUCCCUUGUCCAGUAGAUCCUGUUGUUUUUCAUUUGAACAGAUAAGAUUUAGACAAUUUCAGUAAAACUAGGUAAAUGAAGGAAUCCUAAUACGAAGUAAAUGUCUUGUUGAAUUUAUGAUUGAUUAAUUUUGUGUGGAGAAACUGGUAAUGGCAUUAAUGUGAUUUAAGCCAUAGUUGUGUUUGUGUUUAGCAAUAAUAAUUGACUUAAUGCUAGAGUAUGAGAGUUUUGCACAUCGGGGGGAAACCUUUUCAAAAUAACCGGUUUCAUUUUCUGUCACUGUUGUUGUUUUUCUUUCAAUUUAUUUAAAUUCAGUUUUCCAAGAUACCACAUAUUUUAAUAUGCCGACAGGCAGGCAAAUUGAGCUUUGGUCUGAGGGAGAAAUAACACAUUCUAAUUUUUGCACAGACUUUUUUUUACCAUCAGUGCACACAAACAGUCGCAUGGGGUGACAAAAAUCCCAGACAGUUGUUUUUCAAGGCAAUUUGAAGUGGAAACUAUUUUAGGUUUGCCUGUGUUUCAGAAUUCGAUCAAAAUAAGCCAACUAAAAGGCAAAUAAAACAUCUACUGUACAUCAGCAAGUCAUUGAGCAAAUGUUCCUCUCCAAAAUGUGAAGGGAAAUUGGAACUAGAAAACCAUGAACAGCAUCUGUAGGACAUGCUGCAGUUUUGUGUGGAAUGUUUUGCAGGUAUCUCUUACAGUAUGUCACACAAGGUGUCUUUUUUUGUGUGGUGAGAAAAUGUUUACAUUUCUGUGAUGAUAAUGAUGAAUACUUUGAAAGUCUUCGAAUACUGUUGUACACCUUGUGCUAUUUGAGUAUUGCAUCCAAACAAAAAAAUAUUAAAUUUGGUACUAAGUGAAAUCGUAUCAUAGUGACAUCUUAACUAGAUGUAUAUCUAGUUAUUAUUAGUUAUUUUUUAAUUAAUUGCCUUUAUGAGCAGCUCUAGAUCCUUGCAGUCAUAUGGUAUUAAUUUCCACUGCUCAGAUAUUUUAUAAUCUCCUUGUGUGAAUCCCAAUUUAAUUUGAACUCUGCUUUACUGAACCAUAUUGUCUUACAUUGUGCAUACUGCUGUAUGUCCUCUGUAGAAGGGCUGUUCUCUAUAAAGAUAAAUACUUCAAACCAGCUUGGAUUAGCAAGCAGAAACAUUCUUGAUGAACCUGUUUGGCUAGGUGAGUCACCAGAACAUAUCUGUAAAGUGAAGGAUUAAGUGUCUUUUCACUUUUAUUGCUCUCAAGUUCUUAAAAACUAAAUGCCUAAAUAAACAAAUACCUGGAAUUAAAUGUUUUCCUACAAUUUAUGCUUCUGAAAUAAGUGUUAAACUAACAACAUGUGAACCUCACCUGAGAAAUAAACAUGCUGUAUACUAUCCCCAAAAGGGUGGUUAACUAGUAAGAUGUUUAUUGUGUAAGAAAUAAAAAAGCCCAACAGACAGCACAUAUCCUUUGGCAUCUGUGCCAUAAAAUUGGACAUCUCACACUUUGAAGUGAUAGGAACAUGGAGAGAUGUUAUUUAAAUUUCAAAUCUUUAAAGAUUCACAAUCUUUACUCUUGACAAGGACUGACUUUUGACAGUUUAGGAUGUCUGAGCUUUGAAAGCAUGCAGAUGAGAAGAGACUUUAUGUAAAGAUGUGAUAAGGUCUCCAACUGCAUCCCAGUGACACGGCCUGUGACUCGGGGAAGCCUUCAAUACACAAUAAAACACACAUUAAAAAACACAGUCAGUUCACAGCUACUCCCGCACAAGCAAACAAACAGACCACAACCACAAAGAAAUUAACAUUUUCUAGUCAUCCUCAGAUCUGGUCCCAAAUAGUCUUCCUGUAAGAUCAUUUGGGACCAGAUCUGAGGACGACUAGAAAAUGCUAGUCAACAAAACAAGUCAAACAAACCAAAAAUUUAUUUGCUAAGCUCUUCAUGUCAAUUUGAAACAAAGCUAAUUACAUUUCUAAGUGUAGAAAAAAUUAACACAAGUUCAACACAUUGUUUUAUAUGGAUAUAGCAUGAUCAAUCAGUUGAAUAUUUUUUCCUUCUUUCCUAUUUUUGAAAUGCAGCUUAUACUAUCUGCUCUUUAUUAUCAGAAUCAAAAUGCAGUGUUGUUCAAACUGUGUAAACCCAAUUAAAAAUAUCUGACAAUCUCUGCUUUUAUUAAUGAUAGGCUGUUGUCUCAAUACUGUAUACCUCAGGUACUCAUCUGAUGAUCAUUAAAAAAGGAAAUUCAGUCUCAGAGAAGCCUGAGUCUUUUCAAGAUGAUUGCACGUAGCAGGAAAACCUCACAUCUGCCUUAAUGAUCACACCGACGUUGGGAGAGGAACUGACACUUACAUCUGAGAUCGCAUUGGUGAAGUGGUUCAGAUGGACUUCCUGAGCUCUCUCCUAAUGAAGAAAUGUGGAGAUCAGUUCAUAGAAAGCUCCUGAUGGGCAGAUGUGGGAAUCCAAAAGUUUAAAACUUCCCUACAUUUUCAAAGGUGAAAGGACCUGCAUUUUAUGUCCUGGAGAACUGGUUUGGAGUUUGGCCUCCAGAUAAGACUGAAGUUUAGUUCUUGAGGGGCCUAUGUAAUACCCUGAAUUUCCGGUAAUACCCUGAAUUUUCAGGUUUGAGAAUGAGGUACCUAUAUAAGGACUCUGUGUAGACUAUUAAUGGAACUGUUUACCAUUUAAUGACUUCAUUAAAUGUAGUUCUUCAUUUA